AUGGAACGCAGAUUGGAAGAAAACGUGUCGAGAUGGCUAGAAGAGGAGUUAGAUCAGGAUGAUUUGAUUGAAAGUGAACAGGAAGAGGAUUUGAGAGAAGAGGAAAAUAUAAUUAAUUCUCCGCAUGAAACUGACACCGAGCAAGAAGAUGAUGAAAAUGAUGAGAUUGCUGAACAAAACAACAGCGAUUCGGAUGACAGUGUACCGCUUGCAGAUUUAGCCACUUAUAAGUCACGAAAUGAAACAGAAUGGAGAAAACGUCCAUUUCCUGCAACAAGGGUGACCAACUCCUUCAACCCCAAAAAGGCCCCCGGGGCGGACGGUCUCACGUCCGACAUCUGUCAGCACGCUGUAGAUUGUAACCCGGAAUGGUUCCUUGCCCUGCUGAAUAAGUGCCUCACUGUCGGCUACUUUCCCGGAAAGUGGAAGCAGGCGACAGUGGUGGUGCUGAGAAAGCCAGGCAAGGAAUCAUACCGGGUACCAAAAGCCUAUCGACCGAUCGGCCUCCUUCCUGUACUCGGAAAAAUCUUCGAGAAGAUGCUGGUCGCCCGACUUAGGUUCUACCUGUUGCCCAAAAUAAGCCCGAACCAGUAUGGUUUCAUGCCCCAAAGGAGCACCGAAGACGCCCUCUAUAGAACCGACUAUUCUGUAUGCAUCAGCAGCGUGGGCACCCACCGUGGAAAAGAUGGGGGUCCAAAAAAGGCUCAACUCCGUCCAACGGGGUUUUGCCCAGAAGAUCUGCAGAGCAUAUCGAACCGUCUCCCUGAACUCUGCAAUGCUGUUGGCUGGGAUACUCCCUCUUGA